AUGGCUCCCGUCAACGAGUCAUCGGACUCUGGCCUCGCGAAGUCGCAAACCCAGCCAACAUCCUCCAUAUUCCCCUCGAGAGUUUCGAAGCAACUGGGCUUGUUCUUCGCCGGCGCCGGCUUCCUGCUCUUCUCGACCAUGAUCACGCGACGUGCUGUUGCGCGCAAGCAAAUCGCCGCCUAUCCCAAAUUCUACUCCCCCAGCCAUGCCGCCGCGGGCAAGCAAGGCAACCCCGAAGGCUCCAUGAUUGCUCUGGAGGCUCUGAAUCUGGCGACGCUCAACGUCUGUAGUUUCGGUAUGAUGAUGACCGGAGGGGCCGCAUUCGCAUUCGACAUCACGUCCGUCGAGGACUUGAGACAGAUGGCGCGCAGAAGCAUUCGAGGAGCUGCCGGCCAAACCGAUGAGGCCGCUGAGAGAGAGUUCGAGGAAUGGGCUGCGAAAGUUCUCACCAAGUUCGGCAAGACGCCCGAAGAGAAUGCAGCAGACAAGACCGAAUCCGACACCAACAAGACAGGGAAGGAAGGACGGUGA